CGAUCGCGUUCAGGAUUCGAGCUGGAGAGUUCUUUCAGUGUCGAAAGACAUGGGGAUACCGCGGGCUAAGCGCCUUCAAGGCUCAUGUGGCCCGUUGCAAAACAGCGUUAUCCUCGAUUGACCACGCCAGGUGGCUGGAGUUCGGGAGGACUACGGACAUGAUUCUUCGAAGACAUGCCGCCGGUACCAUCGUGGCGAGCUGCCUGGUAAUUACAGAUGCAACGUCAGCUCUCUCAUUCUCACGGGCAAGGACAAUUCAUUGACUAUGAAUAGUUUUCGCUCUGUCCCUCAAGCGGAAGACCAUCCCAAGCACAGGGAGUUUUUCGAACAGCUUGAUGCGCCAGAAGCCAAACAAUAUGCGGAAGAAUUUGCAGCCCUUGAAAAGGCGUUGUGGGACUACAUCGUCAAAGACUAUAGCUGUCUGAAAAAUAAGAUUCGCACGCACCGCUCGCACCGCACUACAGGCCGUUCCCGCCCUCAUGGGGCCCAUCACAACCAUUCAUGCAAUACUUUACUCUCUGAUGAGCCACAUCAAGUUGUCUUCGACAGCUUGGCCAAAGACCUUCCGCUCCAGAACACAGAUCGAAGCGAUCCCGUUGACGGGCAGUCGGCCUUGGUCGAUCAACAGCCAACUACUUGCGCGAUAGCCCAGUCAGAUGAGCGUGCCAGAAUGCUUUACAACACUCCAAUAUCUCAACAAUCGCCAACACAGCAGUCACAACAGUCUCUAUCGUCCUCCGUUCACCACCCAACCACUCCUCCCCAAUACAGUGAAAGCACAGCGGAAAUGUCUUCGCAUCCGGCAUUCGUGGUGCAGCCUUGGACCUUAACCAACACGAUCCCGAUGGCUCCAGAAUAUAUCAGUCACUUGCCUCAAUGGGACUUCGCCACACAUGCCGUGACGAACACUCCGUUUCCUGCAUACGAUAUCUGUCUGGCGGGUCACCAGCACCGCUCGCUGGGCUCCUUGCCUACAGAUCCGGAGAGGAUGCAGACACAACUGGCGGAACAGACCACCGCGAGUCCUCACAUGGCUGGGUAUGAACAGUACCAGUCUCAGGCAUCAUUGUCGACAUUCGGCAGACCUGCCCACGAUCCCUCCCACCUCAGGAUGAAUGUUCGAGGGCAGUCUGUGGCAGAGGUACCGUGGGAAUGCGCUGAAAACCAAGACUCUCGAGAUAGCUAUCAUCCACAUGCCAUAACUCCAAACACGACUAUGACGAACCUCAGCCGGCUCCGUCCGCAACUCCAGGGUCCAGGAUUCGGCACCGGCAGCGCACUGUCUGACGUGGACGAAAGUGCCAUGAUGAACUACACAGUGGCAUUUGUGGAGCCCGAGACAUAUUUCUUGCACAGGCAAUUAGAAAGAAACAGCCAGGAAGUUGAUGUUGCCUCAAUGGUGUGUACAACGAACAUGGCAUCUUUGGGGGACAUAAGACAGCGCAUACAAUAUUAGCAAGGCCUAAGUACUACGAAGACGAAUAAGAUCGGCUUUUCGACCGGCGUCAAAGAAACCUCUGGUUCUAGCAAGUAAUAUACGCCAGUGUCCCAUUCCAGGUCUGGGUAGACAUUACCCUUUGCUGUCAUGCGCACUUUGGUAGCAUGCCGUUCACCUAUGGGGAUGAUCAAGGCUUUCGACCUCUCGACGAGCCGGCGUCCAGGCUCAAGCAUGGCGACGCCUUUAG